AUGAUUAUGUCACGUUUACUAUUGAGAAAAAUAUCUCGACCAGAAUCUAGUCGAUUUUUAUCAUCAUUAACUUCAUUUGAAGUUAAACCAGAACAAAAAACUAGAGAACUUUUCGAUAAAAUCAUACGUGUUGAUCAGGCUGGAGAAUUAGCUGCUGAUAGAAUUUAUGCUGGUCAAAUGGCAGUUUUAGGUCGUACAGAUGUUGGACAAACAAUUCAACAUAUGUGGGAUGAAGAAAAAGUACAUUUGGCAAAAUUUAAUGAAUUAAUACCCAAAUACAAAGCUCGACCAUCAGCAUUAUUACCAUUGUGGAAUGUCGCUGGUUAUGCAUUAGGUGCUGGAACAGCUUUACUUGGUAAAGAAGCAGCUAUGGCAUGUACAGUAGCUGUAGAAGCUGUUAUUAGUGAACAUUAUAACGAUCAAUUACGUGAUUUAAUGGAACAUGCAGAUCAUAUCAAAGAUAAAGAAUUAAUACAAACAAUUAGAAAAUUUCGUGAUGAUGAAAGUCAACAUCAUGAUAUAGGUUUAGCUAAUAAAGCUGAACAAGCACCUUUCUAUCAAAGUUUAACCAGUGUUAUUAAAAUGGGUUGUCGUUUGGGUAUCUAUAUAGCUGAACGUAUUUAG